AUGGGGAUGAAGGGGCUGAUGGAGAUGAUGGAGAUGAUUGGGGUGAUGGGGGUGAAGGGGGUGAUGGAGAAGAUGGAGAUGAUGGGGGUGAUAGCGAUUAUGGGGAUGAUGGGGGGUUAUGGGGGUGAUGUGGAUGAUGGGGAUGAUGGAGAUGAUGGAGAUGAUAGGGGUGAUGGGGAUGAAGGGGCUGAUGGAGAUGAUGGAGUUGAUGGGGGUGAUGGGGAUGAAGAGGGUGAUGGGGAUGAUGGAGAUAAUGGAGAUAAUGGGGGUGAUGGGGAUGAAGGGGCUGAUGGAGAUGAUGGAGAUGAUGGGGGUGAUGGGGAUGAAGAGGGUGAUGGAGAUAAUGGGGAUGAUUGGGAUGAUGGGGGUGAAGGGGGUGAUGGAGAUGAUGGAGAUGAUGGGGGUGAUAGGGAUUAUGGGGAUGAUGGGGGUGAUGGGGAUGAAGGGGCUCAUGGAGAUGAUGGAGAUGAUGGAGAUGAUAGGGAUGAUGGGGAUGAUGGGGAUAAAGAGGGUUAUGGUUGUGAUGUGGAUGAUGGGGAUGAUGGAGAUGAUGGAGAUGAUGGGGGUGAUGGUGCUCAUGGAGAUGAUGGAGAUGAUGGGGAUGAUGGGGGUGAUGGCGAUGAAGGGGUUGAAGGAGAUGAUGGGUGUGAUGGGGAUGAUCGAGAUGAUAGGGAUGAUGGGGAUGAUGGCGGUGAUGUGGAUGUUGGGGGUGAUGGGGAUAAAGGGAAUGAUGGGGAUGAUGGAUAUGAUGGGGGUGAUGGGAAAGAUAGGGAUGAUAGGGUUGAUGGUGAUAAAGAGGGUUAUGGGGGUGAUGUGGAUGAUGGGGACGAUGGGGAUGAUAGAGAUGAUGGAGACGAUGGGGAUGAUUUGGAUGAUGGGGGUGAUGGAGAUGAUGGAGAUAAUGGGGAUGAUGGGGAUCAUGGGGAUGACGGGGUUGAUGGGGGUGAGGGGGAUGAUGGAGAUGAUGAAGAUGAUGGGGGUGAUGGGGAUGAUGGAGAUGAUGGGGGUGAUGGGGAUUAUGGGGAUGAUGGAGUUGAUGGAGAUGAUGGGGAUGAUUGGGGUGAUGUGGAUGUUGGGGGUGAUGGGGAUAAAGGGGAUUAUGGGGAUGAUGGAUAUGAUGGGGGUGAUGGGGAUGAUAGGGAUGAUUGGGUUGAUGGGGAUAAAGGGGUUGAUGGGGGUGAGGGGGAUGGUGGAGAUGAUGAAGAUGAUGGGGGUGAUGGGGAUGAUGGAGAUGUGGGGGUGAUGGGGAUUAUGGUGAUGAUGGAGUUGAUGGAGAUGAUGGGGAUGAUUCGGGUGAUGUGGAUGAUGGAGAUGAUAAAGAUGAUGGGGAUGAUGGGUGUGAUGGAGAUGAUGGGGAUUAGGGGGUUGAUGUGGAUGAUGGAGACGAUGGGGAUGAUGUGGAUGAUGUGGAUGAUGGAGAUGAUGAAGAUGAUGGGGGUGAUGGGGAUGAUGAAGAUGAUGGGGGUGAUGAGGAUUGAGAGGGUGAUGGAGAUAAUGGAGAUCAUGGGGAUGACGGGGUUGAUGAGGGUGAGGGGGAUAUUGGAGAUGAUGAAGAUGAUGGGGGUGAUGGGGAUGAUGGAGAUGAUGGGGGUGAUGGGGAUUAUGGGGAUGAUAGGGUUGAUGGAGUUGAUGGAGAUGAUGGAGAUGAUAGGGAUGAUGGGGAUGAUGGGGAUGACGGGGGGUGAUGGGGUUGAUGCGGGUGAGGGGGAUGAUGGAUAUGAUGAAGAUGAUGGGGGUGAUGGGGAUGAUGGAGAUGAUGGGGGUGAUGGGGAUUAUGGGGAUGAUGGAGUUGAUGGAGAUGAUGGAGAUGAUAGGGAUGAUGGGGAUGAUGGGGAUGACGGGGUGAUGGGGUUGAUGGGGGUGAGGGGGAUGAUGGAGAUGAUGAAGAUGAUGGGGGUGAUGGGGAUGAUGGAGAUGUGGGGGUGA